CAGAUAAAAUCCUGAUGCGUCAGGCUUCGAGUUCAAAAGGCUGUUGCUGUGUGCAGGCUAUCAAGGGCUGUAGUUUGUAUCUAUUAAGUGCUUUAAAAAUACAUUUUCAUUAUGACAUUUGUAACUCUUAAUAAUGGUGCUAAAAUGCCCAUUGUUGGCUUGGGAACCUGGAGGUCUGAACCAGGUCAAGUAACAGAAGCCGUGAAGGCAGCUAUUUUAGCCGGCUAUCGCCACAUUGAUGGGGCCCAUGUCUAUGAAAAUGAGUGUGAAGUUGGUGCGGGUAUAACAGCUAUGAUUAACCAAGGAGUGGUGAAGAGAGAAGACCUUUUUAUAGUCAGCAAGCUAUGGUGCACACACCACGAGAAGCAGUUGGUUAGAGGGGCGUGUGAAAGAACACUAAGUGAUCUUAAACUGGACUACGUUGAUCUGUAUCUAAUGCAUUUUCCUAUGGGUGUUAAGCCUGGAAAAGAGCUUUUCCCAUGCGAUGAGAAUGGCCAUGUGUAUCCAGACAACAGCAACUUUCUGGAGACAUGGGAGGCAAUGGAGGAGUUAGUGGAUGCUGGACUGGUCAAAGCCAUUGGCAUCUCCAACUUCAACCAUGAUCAGAUUGAGGCAAUCCUGAACAAACCAGGACUCAAGUACAAACCUGCCAACAAUCAGAUUGAGUGCCAUCCAUACCUGACUCAGGAGAAGCUUAUUAACUACUGUCAGUCUAAAGGCAUUACUGUCACUGCAUACAGUCCUCUGGGUUCCCCAACCAGACCAUGGGCAGCGCCAGAUGAGCCAUCCCUUCUGCAAGAGCCAAAGAUCAAGGCUAUUGCAGAUAAGCACGGUAAAACCACAGCACAGGUCUUAAUCCGCUUUCACAUGGAGAGAAAUGUUGUGGUCAUUCCCAAAUCCAUAAAUCCUGAAAGAGUCAAAGAGAACUUCCAGGUCUUUGAUUUUAAGCUCAGUAAAGAGGACAUGGAUACAAUCUUCAGUUUUAACAGAAACUGGAGGGCUUUUAUGUUAGAAUGGGCAUCCAAGCAUAAGGAUUAUCCACUGAAUGCAGAAUACUGAUCUUAUAUGCUUAACAGCAUUUGACAACUGUGAUUCCUUUACUUACCUUCUGGGAUCACUGACGUAUGUAUGUCUAUGACACAGAGAUUGUAAAAUAAUGGUUAUAAACAAAAACUGUUUUAAACCAGAAAGCUUUUUGAGACAGACAAGUUUAUUUUUAAAGCAUCUAUCGAUAUGCAAAACAAUAGUUGCUGUUGUGAGUAAACUGGAAGCGCUUUUUUAGUCUUACUUUAAAGGGAUAGUUCGGCCAAAAACGAUAUUAAA